GGGUAUCGACCAAACCAUAGGGGGUGUAAGUGAAGGUUACCCAUUUUGGAAAUGACUGGAUCUUAGUCCUACCUUUAUGGGCAUUGGAUCCCUCAAUUUCCCAUCUGUCUUUUCUUUCCCAUCUAUAUAGAGUAUGUAUAGCUCUAUAUAUUAGGACGGUAAAUACUCUUUGCAUGGACUAAUUUCCUCUAGACUCCCAAUUCAACUCUCUCUCUCUCUCUCUCUCUCUCUCUCUCUCUCUCUCUCCAGACACACACACACACAACUAACCAAAAAUGGAGAAAGGAAGAAUUUUCACCCUUUCCCAGGUUGCCCAACACAAGUCCAAGAAGGAUUGCUGGUUCGUCAUCAAUGGCAGGGUGGUGGACGUGACCAAGUUUCUGGAAGAACACCCGGGAGGAGAGGAGGUGUUGAUCGAGUCGGCCGGGAAAGACGCAACCAAGGAGUUUGAUGAAAUUGGCCACAGCAAGGCUGCAAAGGAAAUGCUCCUCAAAUACCAGGUAGGGGUCCUCCAAGGUUACAGCCCCAGCGGAGGCGGCGAGUCCGAAGUAGCUGCUUCUAAGGAAUCCAACAAGGCUAAAGAGAUGAAAGCGUUUGUGAUCAAGGACGAUCCGGUGCCCAAAUACAAGGCUUUUGUCGAGUUCUUUGUGCCCCUGCUUGUCGCCGGAUCCUUCUUCGGGUACCGGUACCUGACCGGAGCAACCCAGAUCGGAUCUUGAUUUUGAGAUCUCAUAUUUUAGAAUGGUAGCUAUGGUCUUCAAUUAGUAUCUGAUCAUGUGAUCGGUUUAAUAAUCUGUUAUUUCGCGUUUAUUGUCUGUAUGAAUCCUCCAGGGGAAGAAAAGAUUUAGUAAGAUAAAUGAAAUGGAAUCUCGCUAGUCUGUAGUCCAGUUUUGGACAGCAAA